GACAGUGCAACAGGCGUCUCAGCUCGUGGGAAACAGUAUCAACUCGUGAGCCAUAGUGAGCCUGAAGUUCUGGCACUGCAACUGCUCCGGCCAUGGCCGAGCCGGAGGAGGAGGCGGAGGAGGAAGCGGAGGAGGAGAAGGCCGUGGAGCGAACCCCGGAGGAGCUUCCACGGGUUCCAUGCCACAUCUUCCUGCCCGUUGUGCCGGCAGCACGUGUGAUCGGGAAACAGGGCGCCAACAUCAAGGCUAUCCGGGAGCAGAGUGGUGCAAGCGUGCGUGUCCUCCAAAAGGAGCUGCCGCACGAGAUGCAGCGUCGGGAGGAUCGGGUGGCCGUGAUCACAGGGGAUACCGCGGCCGUGCAGGAGGCCAUCUCGGGCGUCCUGGAGCGGGUCUUCGAUCGGUCAGGGCUGCCCGACACUGUAGAAGGAGCAGCCAGAGAUAGAGACUAUAUCGUGGAGGUGCUUGUGCCAGAGAAGAGUGGGUCACACCUGAUCGGCCAGAAGGGGGACCGUGUCAAGGCUCUUUGCCAGGAGACGAGGUGUGAUAUUCGAGUGGGUCAGGAUCCGGUUUGCGGUUUGGCCGAGCAGAAGAAGGUUCGAAUCAGUGCCACUACGAUGCCUGAUGCGGCUGCAGCCAUUUGGAGAUUGCUGGAAGUUCUCGGCGAGCUGAUGGCAGGAGGGGUGUUGAAGACGGAGCACUUCGAGCUUCGCGAGGCAUCUCAAGGCAUGCUUUUUAACGCACCAAUGCGCAGUGCGACCAGAGAUCAGAAGGAGGUGCCUGUUCGGCUCCUCAUUGCGAAAGAGGACGCUGCUUGGAUUGUUGGCAAGCGAGGCAACAAGAUCGCCCGGUUGCGAGACUGGGCCAAGGUGAACAUGGUGGAUGCCGACGCGCCGCCCUUCGAUCCCUCGGAGCGCGUGCUGGAGAUUUCCGCUGCCUCCUUGGAGUCCCGCGUGAAGGUGGUUCAGAUGGUGGCGGAGGACUUGGCCCGGGAUGGCCCGGGCAAACUGCGGCUGCUGGUCCCCACAGAGCUCUUCGGUUCUGUCAUGGGCCACCGCGGCGAGACAUUGAGAAGCAUCAUCCAGAGCAGCAAAGCGCAGGUGCAGCAGCACAAGGCUGAGCACCUGGAGGAUGGGGACUAUCGGUUUCGUCUCAUGGACAUCAAAGGCAGCGUGUCCCAGAGAGUAGACGUUGUGAGGCAAGUCCACAGUGCCCUGGAGCAGCGCGGCCGCGAGGGCCGUGACGCGACAGGCCUAACUGGAGGCUCUGCGCUGAUGGACCUCGGCGUGGGCCUUGCAGGUGCCUUAUCCAGCGCGCGGGCCUCGCCAGGUCCCAGUGGCCUCGCCAGUGGCCUCGCUGGCCUGGGCCCAGGCGGUGGGGGUCUUGGCCUCGGACUCGGCGUUUCCAGCGACCUGGGGACGCUGACGCUGCAGCUGGCGAUGCCCAACGAGGAGGUCGCGCGUUUGUUGGCGAACGACUCCUCCGGUAUUGCGCGGCGCGCUGGUGUCAAGCUCUCGUCGACGCGAGGGGCUGGCGGCUUGCCAGUGCUCAAGGUGGCAGGCACUGCUGUUGCCAACUCGGUGGCUUGCUACCUCAUCCAGGACCGCAUCUUCAUGAUGCAUUGACCCGAAGUGCAACUGGCCAGAACAGUCCAACUUGGCUGGG